AUGUCGGACUCCAAAGACGCACAAGCACCCUCGAUCCACUCGGUCAGAAUAUCGGACUCUGUCCCAGUAGCAACAAGAGCCCGCCAGUAUGUCGGCCGCUUCGUGCCCAAGAGCCCGGUGACUAACAACGUGGUUUUCUUCCUCCUGGCUACCUUCCAGGCCUGCCAGAAUGGGUAUGACGCUUCCAUGAUGAAUGCUCUAAAUAUUCUGCCUUCAUACACGGAUUAUUUCGUCCUAGACACUGCCACCCUUUCCCUCAACACUGCAUCCGUUUGGGUUGGGGGAAUCGUGGCGGGCUUCUUUUCCGGCCAGCUAUGUGACCGGGUAGGCCGCAAGCAAACGAUGCUCUGGUCCGCCGUCCUGUGCAUAAUUGGCGCCAUCAUCCAGACGGCGGCCCAUAACGUCGGCAUGUUUGUUGCUGCAAGAAUAAUCAUUGGCCUUGCAUGUGGUAUAGCCGGCGUUGGUGCCUCGACCUUUCUCGCCGAAACGGUGGCCAUCACCUGGCGAUCAUACGUGCUUGGUUUUUUCUGGGACGCUUGGUUUAUCGGAUCCUUGGUCUCCGCAGGAAUCACGUACGGAACAAAGGCAAUUGAGAGUACCUGGGCCUGGCGCAUCCCCUCACUCCUGCAAAUUGUCCCUUCGCUUCUGUGCAUCCUGAUCCUGCCGUUCGUUCCGGAAUCGCCGCGUUGGCUAGCCUACCAGAACCGCCCAGAAGAGGCCCUCGAAGCUUUGGCUGUAGUGCACGCGUGGGGUGACAAAGAAGACCAGGUUGUUGUGACUGAGUACAGAGAAAUCGUAGAGACGAUCGAGUUUGAAAAGAUCUCCGGUUCAGUCUCGCCUCUGGAGACAAUCCGCACGCCAGGCAACCGGAGGCGGUUGAUGCUCUGCCUGAGCGUUGCUAUUUUCUCCAUGACAAUGGGAAACAACAUCGUCACUUAUUACCUUGGCACCAUGCUGGACGAAGCUGGCGUCACGGAUUACAAUACUCAGCUCCAGGUCAAUAUCAUCAUGUCUGCAUGGUCUCUGGUUUGCGCCCUGGCCGGAACUGCUUUUGCGGAGAAGCUCGGCCGCAAAUGGCUGGUCAUUAUCAGUACCGGUACUGCAACUGUCUUCCUCUUUCUGACAGGCGCGUUCUCCGAUCUGUACGGCGAUGGUACAAACAAAUCCGGCUCAUAUGCAGCUAUAGCAAUGAUGUUCCUCUUUAUGGGAUGCUACUCAUUUGGCUGGACACCACUGGUAAAGCUUUCUGCUAGCAGUUGA